AUCGAAGCGCUGCUUUUAAGUAUCUGCAUCACUCACACAACGUUACAGUGCAGACCUUCCCUCUUCUCAAACUUGUUGCGUUUUCUUCAACGGCGCUCAAACCCUUCAUCUCAUUACGCUUUUUUGUCUCCAGCUCUUUAGGGUUCGGAGAUGGCGCCCAAGGAUGAAGUGAAGGAAGAAGAUCCUGUUGAGUCUCCCACUUCUGUCCUUGAAGACGAGGAUGCUUGUGGUGUGAAAGUUGAAGUUGAGUCUGAUGAAGUGCAGUGCGAGGAGGCACCUGAGCUUACUGAUACUCAGUUUAACAAAUUGGAUGAGCUUUUAACUCAAACCAAGCUCUAUUCUGAGUUUCUGCUGGAGAAAAUGGACGACAUCACACUUACUGGGGGCGAGCAACAGAGUGAGCCCGAAGAGAAGAAAGUGCGAGGCCGGGCUUCUAAAAGGAAAGCAGCUUCACAGUGCAAUACUACGAGGGCCAAAAGGGCAGUUGUUGCUAUGCUUGCAAGAUCAAAAGAAAGUGUGAAGAUAGAAGAUAUUAACAUGACUGAGGAGGAAAGAACUGAGAAAGAACAGAAGGAGCUUAUGCCUUUACUCACGGGCGGAAAAUUGAAGUCUUAUCAGCUGAAAGGUGUAAAGUGGUUGAUUUCACUCUGGCAAAAUGGAUUGAAUGGGAUUCUUGCUGAUCAAAUGGGUCUUGGGAAGACCAUUCAAACAAUUGGGUUUCUUUCACAUCUAAUAGGGAAAGGUCUGCAUGGGCCAUACAUGAUAAUUGCUCCUCUAAGUACCCUCUCAAAUUGGAAAAAUGAGAUUUCUAGGUUUGCACCAUCACUUCCUGCAAUUGUCUACCAUGGCAGCUGGCAAGAGAGAGAUGUAAUCCGACGGAAACAUAUGCCUGUAACCAUUGGCCCCAAAUUCCCCAUAUUAAUAACUUCAUAUGAGGUUGCUUUAAAUGAUGCUAGAAAACAUUUAAGGGUUUACCCUUGGAAGUAUCUUGUAGUUGAUGAGGGACACCGGCUCAAAAACUCAAAGUGUAAAUUAGUGAAGGAGUUGAAAUGGAUUAAUGCACAGAACAAGCUUCUUCUAUCAGGGACUCCUCUUCAGAAUGACUUGGCAGAGCUAUGGUCCUUGUUGAACUUCAUUUUACCGGAUAUUUUUGCUUCGCUUGAAGAAUUUAAGUCAUGGUUUAAUCUAUCAGGAAAGUGCAACAAUGGAGCAACCAAGGAAGAAUUAGAAGAGACAAGAAGAGGCCAAGUGGUGACUAAGCUUCAUGCCAUACUUCGUCCCUUUCUCCUGCGUAGAAUGAAGUCUGAUGUUGAGAUUUCAUUGCCAAGAAAGAAGGAGAUCAUUAUCUAUGCAAAUAUGACUGAGCAUCAGAAGAAAUUGCAGGAUCAUUUAGUCAACAAGACAUUGGAGAACUAUUUUGCGGACAUGAAGUCAAUGGGACGUGGAAUAAAGACGCUUAAUAAUUUGGUUAUUCAACUUAGGAAAGUCUGUAACCAUCCUGACCUCUUAGAGUCUGCCUUUGAUGGUUCAUGGCUUUAUCCUCCUGUGAAUGAGAUAGUUGAACAAUGUGGGAAAUUUCGUUUGCUUGAUCGGCUGUUGGAAAGGUUAUUUGCAAGGAAACACAAAGUUUUGAUAUUCAGUCAGUGGACCAAAGUGUUAGAUAUACUGGAUUACUAUUUGAGUGAGAAGGGCUUUGAAGUUUGUAGGAUUGAUGGUCAUGUGAAAUUGGAUGAAAGGAAACGACAGAUCCAUGAAUUCAAUGAUGAAAAUAGCAAUUGCAGAGUUUUUCUUCUUUCUACUAGGGCUGGUGGACUAGGAAUUAACCUUACUGCAGCUGACACAUGCAUUCUUUAUGACAGUGAUUGGAAUCCUCAGGUAGACUUGCAGGCCAUGGAUAGAUGUCACAGAAUUGGUCAAACAAAACCAGUUCAUGUUUACAGGCUCUCGACUGCUCAAUCUGUAGAGGGUCGCAUGCUGAAAAGAGCUUUUAGCAAGUUGAAACUUGAACAUGUGGUGAUUGCGAAAGGACAUUUUCAUCAAGAUCGCACAAUGCUCAAAGUGGAUGAAAUGGAGGAACAAGAUAUUAUGGCAUUGCUUCGGGAUGAGGAUGCAGCUGAAGAUAAAUUGAUACAAACAGAUAUUAGUGAUGAGGAUUUGGAUAAGCUGUUGGAUCGCAGUGAUCUUAUUGCUCAGGAUCCAAAUGAUGACGACAAGGAACUCAAAGUUCCAUGCGAUGCAUUUCCUCUUAAAGGACCUGGGUGGGAGGUUGUAAUUCCGACGGCAACUGGGGGCAUGCUUUCUACUCUUAACAGUUAACUAUAUAUCGUUGCUUUAGAAGGACAAUCUAGGCCUAUUAUAUAUAUAGUUAAAACUUAUGAUGAAAUGGCUUUUUGGGAUGGUCUCAUACGAUUAUGAUAUCUAAUGCUUAGCGGUAAUGCCUUGGCGGGGGCAUUCAGUUUUGUAAAUGCUGCUAACGGAACUAUGUUUUGAAAUGGUGAUUCUUGAAGGCUGAUUAUUGCUCAGAUAGUGACUUUUAUGAGUUUAACCUCAUGUUUGACUCUUCAUGUAUUUUGU